UGUUGAGAUUUCGGGGACUAUGCGGCUUUGCCAGUACUUUAACUUACACCUAGAGGCGCGAAUAGCGGCACGAUACAAAGCAAACACUUUUGGCUGCAGCAAAAAGUGCUGAAGUGUAGACAUGGAUAACUGCAUACAUUACAACGAGACCCGUGAGAACUUCGACUCAAAUACGAAUGAAAAAUACGGAGUCAGUCAGCGCGCCAUGAUGGCGACUCAGUCAUCAUGGUCCGAUUCAUCCCGAAACGCCUCCGUUGCUCCCACGACUUCGAUACCUUCCAAUCCAAUGGCCCGCCCGUUGCCCAUGUGUUCCAAGCGGUUCGAUCCUCCCUUUUGGCCUUAUCCAGUUGUUUCUUUAAUGACAGAAGCAUGGCUCGAUCAGCGUCACGACACAUGGAGGCAUGGCGUCCAGGAGUGAUCCGAUAGCGAUGGGUGCGAUAGUUCCCUGAGCCGUCAACUUGUUUCAGGGAAUGUUUUUGCAUGUGCAGAUGUCGAGCAAUUGCAGGUCCAAGUAACAGAAUAGCCCGUGAUGAGGACUCUGUAUUGGGGUAAAAUACAAGAGCGUCCUCAGCUGUUAUAUCUGACAGACCGAAGUUAGGUGGAAAUGGUUCGUCGCGCCGAAUGAGACGGAAGAAGGUCGAUUCAUUUUGGCAUGGCGAUGAGGAUCUGGAGGAGGAAGGGGUUGUUGGAGCAGAGUAUUGUGUGUUAUCAUCCGAAUCGAAUGCGAAAGACAUGGCAGAGUUCGUGCUCGAGUAACUAGAAUUGGAGACGUUUCGUUGGUGGCCUACUGCCGAUCGUGAGGGAGCAUUACUUUU